UCAGAGGAAACUGUUUAUGUGACUCCAGAGCUAAUUAGGCUCAUGAACUAACAAAUCGCUAGCACAACUGGUGGGGAACCGAUCACAUUCAUGGAUUGCUUGGAGAAGUCGGCAACCUCCAUCACGAUGCGCGGUUCUGUGUGCUUUUAAAAGAUUUUCUACUCUUCUUGAGCCGCCACUAACUUGCUGACAAAACUUUGUCUUGGGUGUGGAGUAUUUUUAGUGCAAACUCGUGUGCCAUUUUCACUUAAACUGGGGAAUCCUGACCGGUGAACCAUGUUUCAACCCACACCGAAGAGGUGUUUUACCAUAGAGUCUUUGGUAGCGAAGGAUAAUCCUUUGCCAGCGUCGAGAUCCGAGGAGCCCAUUCGACCAGCGGCUCUCAGCUAUGCAAACUCAAGCCAGAUGAAUCCAUUUUUAAACGGCUUUCAUUCCAGCGGCAGGGGCGUCUACUCAAACCCGGACUUGAUGUUCGCUGAAGCUGUUUCACAUCCUCCUAACUCCGCCGUCCCAGUCCAUUCAGUACCUCCUCCUCACGCUUUGGCUGCUCACCCGCUGUCGUCCUCUCACAGUCCGCACCCUCUUUUCGCAAGCCAGCAAAGGGACCCUUCAACUUUUUACCCGUGGUUGAUACAUAGAUAUAGAUACUUGGGUCACAGAUUUCAAGGCAACGAAACGAGUCCGGAAAGCUUCCUAUUGCACAAUGCACUGGCAAGAAAGCCCAAAAGGAUUCGGACAGCAUUUUCACCAUCACAGCUACUACGGCUUGAACAUGCUUUUGAAAAAAAUCAUUACGUCGUCGGUGCAGAACGAAAACAGCUCGCUCACACCCUUAGCCUCACAGAAACUCAGGUAAAAGUUUGGUUCCAGAAUCGAAGGACGAAGUUUAAGCGACAGAAACUGGAGGAAGAAGGAUCGGAUUCACAACAGAAAAAGAAAGGAACUCAUCAUAUAAACCGAUGGAGAAUGGCCACAAAACAAGGAAGUCCUGAGGAAAUUGACGUCACCUCAGACGAUUAAAAGACUUAAACUGUUUGAACCCAGGACAGUGGCGUGGCUUGAAGGAUGUCACGGAUAAGGAUGCUGUGUACUGACAGAGGGAGAGGGUAAAGCCAAUAUCACAUUUGAUUCUUCGAGAUCGGCAGCUUGAGGGUGAGAGAUCCUGUUGGUGGCACUGCUGUCACUACAAGGGAACUGUCAAUACGUUUUACAUUGCCAAGGCAAGGUGAUUGACAGGUAUUACAUGCAGCCCCCAAACCCCCCAUCACAACACUACCCGCACCACCUCAUCACCACUAUAACAAAACAUAGCUCAAAUGCGCAUAGGACAUUUGCACUUCUGAAGGGGGUUUCUCUAAUUUUAUUUUUUCAAGACGUGAACCUUCCACUUCAAGAUACCAAAAUAUACAACUGUUUUUGUAAAACUUGAAUUGCAUGGUAGAGCAAUUGAUUUUUUGGUAGGUUAAUUAAUUUGACUUUUUUUCAAAGUAACUUUGUUUUGAUUCUAUUUUUAAUCUGAACAAAAGAUGUUGUGUGCUUGUUCCUUUUUUACAACAGUGUGCAGUCUUUGAAUUUAUGAUUCUCGUGUUAAAGUGAUUGUGAAAACAAUAUGAAGUAGCAGUGCUGCGUUAUAGUGUUUUAUGGAGUAAACCGAUUAAAAAAGUUUAUUAAAGUUUACCACAGACAAUAAUAAUUAUAAUAAAAAAAAUCCAUGACAUUCCUUAAAAAAUUAAGCUUUACCAUGACUCCGUAAUCUUGGUGCGAAUAUAUUAUCGGGACUCGCCCCUCCUAUAAAGAGUUGCCUCGAAGGAUUAAUGCAAGAAUUGACGGCCGCCUAGGCAGCAAAACUUCAAGCACUGAGCGUAUUCCAUGUAUAGAGAUAAUAAAAGCUAAUGUUUAUGUUAAAUCGUCUUUUACAAGAAUGUAAAUAAUUUUGUGUUUGUGUUAAGUUUGCUACAAUUUUAACACAAAGUAUACUUCCAAGAAGUAUGUAAUUGUCAAUAUUUUGUCAAUAAAGUUUUAUCAAUAUGUU